AGAGAGAGAGAGAGAGAGAGAGAGAAUCACAGCGGCUCUACGGCCACAGACGAGCCUCACACCGACACAUCCGUCGCGCUUUACGGUGAAACGCGCGACACAGGCCCGCGUCCGCCACCGUAAACCGACACACACAGCGGAUUGUUCGCGUCUCAUAUGAGGCACAAGAGCAGCCAAACCCUUCCAUAGGAAACCGACGAGUGCUUAAUGACAGCGAUCGAGCGACUGGCCGGGAGAAAACGAGGAAAAUCCAGAAAUAACGCAGGACUCCGGAACGUCAUUGUAUUCAUUCCGAGUUGUAGAAUGGAGCUUGCCCUGCACAGGAUUUGUGCUGUUAUCUGAUAGACGAACGUAGAUGAAGACAAAUCCUGGAUAGAUUCUUCUAGAUGAAGCCAUGUUAUCAUAUCAAGCCAGGUUUGUGCUUCCAUCUGAUCUGAAGAAAACCAUGAAAUCCUCUACUUAGCACCUGAAACAGAUUUCAAGACAAUAAUCAAUACACAAUGGAAGAGCCGUACAAAGAUUCUGUAGCCGUAGACAUGGCAAACCCUCAGGAAGAGGCCUGCAAUGGUGGACCCGCUGCCACUGAUGCAGUUGGGAAACUCGAAGGGGAGGCCACUCCAAUUAUUCCAACUGAAACGUGGAAUGUCAGCUCUCCAACUAUCACGAAGCGAUCCCUGUCGCCCCUGCUAACAAUACAAGCCACCCCGGUGGUGACCCCGGCUGCUGAGUCUCCCAACGGUGUUGCCCUGAAGGUUGGUACAACUGUGCUUCAGCCAAUAUGCUUGGGGGAGGGUCCAGUGGUGUUGCCAAUCCUUGCUGGCCCAGCUGCCCCUCAAGUUGGACAAUCUGGGGCUACUUCAUAUCUGAUGACUAGUCAGGGUCCUGUGUCCCUACCUCUGGUCUUGGAACAACAAGUCCUCCAACAUUUGAAUCCUCAGUUGCUUCAACAAACAGCAACUUGUCCUGCCCUGCCGCUACAGAACAGCAUCCUGUGCCAGAACCCUUCUCUUGCUCUUGGAGCACCUCCAAUGCUGGACCAGAAAGGCACAAGUCCAGUGUUGGAUACUAGUCUACUGACUCUUCUCCAGAACCCUAACUUUGCAGCCAUCUUGCAGGACCUCUUCCCUGGCCAGGGGAACUCUUCCCCAACUUGUCACCCAGCAUCUUCCCCGCAGGUCGACCUUGCCUCUGCGUUUUUUCCUCCUCCGCCUCUCUCGCACCCCUACAGCUCUCCACUAGCCUCUCUGGUGCCACCAGCCACCCUGCUAGUCCCUUAUCCUGUUGUAAUCCCACUUCCAAUGCCUCUUCCAAUCCCAGUGCCAAUCCCUGUCCCGGUCUCUAUGUGCAAGAACUCCAAGAUAGAUGUAGACUGCCCUAAACUGGCUUGUACUUCAAGCAAAAGCACCCAGACUUCACCUAGUGACAUCUCCCCUCAUUUGACAUUUACCAGCAAGGAAAUGCUAGUAGUCCAACAGCCUCUUCGCUCUUGCUCAUCCCCAGUAGUGACAGACGGAGAAGUGCUAGAUUUAUCCAUAAGGACACCUCAACCUUCAAUGCAUGUUGAUGUGUCACAAGGGAUCCAGCCGUUUCAGCAAGACAGUGUCCUUGAUUUGUCUAUACCUAGUACAAGAAAGACAUGCAUUAAGACUUGUAGCAUGUAUGGGCCAAUGGCCCUGGAGCGGGAGAGAGUGUGCCACAUGGGGGACGAUGUUAGCAGUGGGAGUUUGGCUCUUGGGGUUCUACGGCCAGUAGAGUGCACGCCGAAGCUAGACACCAAGCUGCUAAGUGGUUUAGCAUCUCUAGAGUUCAGCAGACAGCACAAGUGGGUGGUAGACAGCGGUCACGCCAGCGCAGUGGCUGGAGCGGUACAUGACUCUGCACUCACCGGAAGCGGCAACAUUGAGAUCGUCAGCACAUCGCAGACAGCCAAAGUCAUUGUGUCGGUCAAAGAUGCCAUGCCUGCCAUUUUCUGCAGCAAGCUAAAAGGAUUGUCAGGCGUUUCUACAAAGAACUUUUCCAUCAAACGUGAUGCCAGUCAGGGGGGCUUUGCAACACUACCCAGGGUCCCGGGGGAUCAGCGAGGAGAAUCCAGUGACCCGCUUAAAAAGAUGUCUAAAAACAGAGGCAUCAAACUGAAGAAAGUAAGCUCCCAGGAGAUUCAUAUACUGCCCAUAAAGAAGCAGCGCCUGACGGCGUUUCUACCCAGAAAAUAACACAUGCUCCUGCUUUCAGAGGGAGAAGGGAAAACCAAGGACAUAAGCAAAGAAACAGCUUCUGAGGUGUAGCUAGGUAAAUAACUACAGUGAAAAAAGAUGGUCUGAGAAAUUUAACCAGGGUAUGAUGAUGAUGCUAAAUGCAUAAAAAGCCCUAAAGCUUUUUCUCCAAGCUGUCCAAAUGAUUUAGACUGAUGCAGGCUGCCUCUGGUCUGACGGUUGGCAUUUGAUCCAUUCAUUAUAAAGCAAUCAGACGAAGUCAACAGGAAAAUGCUCCAAGUAAAAGAACCAAUCUGAACUGGCUAAACUGCACUACUACUGAUAUUCUUUAGCAUUUUCAGCAUUAAUGCCAGAAUCGACUCCCUUCCUAUGCAUUUAGAUUUUUGGUCACACAACCA